GUAACAAAUUUUCCAACGCAUUUAGAAAUAAAAGGAAAAUAAUUCAUUAUCAAUCAACAUUUUUGUUCAACUCGAUUUGUAUCUAUAAUUUGCGUUGAAUUUCGAUUAAAAAAAAGUAGAUGCUCAUAAAAAAACUAGUUUAUUUCAAGUUUAUUUCGAAGCGCAUGCGCAUACGAAGUAGAAGGAAAAGAUCGUUGCAAUCGAGGCUGCAAUGUCACUCACUGAACCGGUAUACAUCAUUGUUGGGAGUCGCAGAUUAUCGUUGUAGACAUCGUUGAGGUUAUAAACAUUGCAUCUUCCAGUGAACCAAAACAAUCGUUACCAAAUUUUACUUCAGUUAGGAUAAGAAGUGCGAAUAACAAUCGAACGACGAGUUUUGACAAUACAAUCGAAGCGAGUGAUUUCGACAAACGAUCACGAAUAAUAAAGGAAAUACGAUCGUUCGAGCCAUACAUAAAGUGCCACUAUAGUGCUGUCAUCCACUUGAGAUUGUAUUAUCUCUCUAUAUGCGCGCAGUUAUCUAGAUUAUAUAACGCAUGUGUGUGUGCGUGUGUGCGUGGGUGACUCAGGAACGUCAAUGACAAACUGUCAGUGGUGCGUAGCGUAGCUCUCUAGUAAAUACCAACCGGUUGUAUACGCGUUUUACAUCCCAUUCGGAGCUUCGCGCGGUAUAAUUGUUAAAUAAACUGCAUAGAAGCCUCGUCCGCAGCUUUAUCGACCGUAAAAGUUGAUGUAAUUGAGAGCGCGCAGAAUGUGAGAUAUAAAUUUUAUUACGAGAGAAUUUAAUUCAAUGGUAUUAAUUUGAACAUUUGAAAUAUUUUUAUACGGUACAAUAGUAUUAUAAAAAAAAACAUCAAAAUGGCUGUAACGGUGUCUAUUAUUAUCUACGGACUCAUUGCCUUCGUAACUUUUGCAUUUUAUGCAAUCGUCAAUCAGUUCACUUACUGGAAACGUCGCAAAAUUCCUCACAUCACGCCUAUACCAUUGAUCGGAAACAAUGGACCGGUUCUCUUGAGGCUCGUCCCUUUUCCCGAUCACUCGAAGAUGCUUUACGCGCAGCAUCCCGGCGCUCGCUACUUCGGAAUGUUCGACUUCAGAAAUCCGACGAUAGUCGUCAAGGAUCCGGAACUGCUGAAAGACAUAUUCGUUAAAAAUUUCGACCACUUCACGGAUCACGUGGCCUUCGUCAGCGAGGAGAUGGAUCCGAUAGUCGGUAAAAAUUUGUUCUCUCUGAAAGGCCAGAGAUGGCGGGAACUGAGAAACACCCUGUCGCCGAGCUUCACCACGUCGAGAAUGAAGGCCAUGUUCGAGCUCAUCGUCGAGUGUUCCAAUCACUUUACGGAUUAUUUCGUCGAACAUCCCGAGCUGGCCAAGGAAUUCGAGGCGAAAUCGGCAUUCACGAGAUACACCAGCGACGUCAUAGCCACUUCGGCUUUUGGAAUCGAGGUGAACUCGAUGAAGAAUCCGGAUAACGAAUUUUUCAAAAACGGCCAAUCGUUCACGUCGUUCCCGGUAACCUGGAUCGUCAAAAUCCUCCUCAUGACGAUACUGCCGAAACUCAUGCGACAGACCGGCGCGACCUUUUUGCCAAAGUCCACGGAUCUGUUUUUCAAAAGUUUAAUAAACGAGAGCGUGAAAAUGCGACUGGAGCGGGGCAUCGUCCGGCAGGACAUGAUUCAUUUGCUCUGUCAAGCGAUGGUGAAAAAGGACAAUGAAUCAUCAAAAGUCACGAUGGACGACUUGGUGGCUCAGUCGGUGAUAUUUUUUUUGGCCGGAUUCGAGACGACCUCCAGCCUGAUAUGCUUCGUCUGUCACGAGCUCGCGGCCAAUCCGGAGAUACAGGAGCGGCUCCGAGCGGAGGUGGACACUCAUUACGGGGAAGAUCAAAGAAUCACCUACGAUUCGCUCGUCGGCAUGAAGUAUCUGGACAUGGUGAUGAGCGAGACGCUGAGAAAGUAUCCGGGCGCGCCGCUGACCAAUCGCGUCUGCACCAAGGAUUACAGCUUCCCGCCGGCGAUGGCAGGCUGUCCGGGCUACACGAUGAAGAAGGGACAGGCCCUCAUAAUUCCGGUGUACGGCUUUCACACGGAUCCGCGAUACUUUCCCGAGCCGGAGAAAUUCGAUCCGGAGAGAUUUUCCCCGGAGAACAAGGGCAAGAUCGACCCGUACACGUACUUGCCGUUCGGCAUCGGGCCGAGGGAGUGCAUCGGCAAACGAUUCGCCCUCAUGGAGACGAAAAUCAUCGUGAUCAACGUGCUGAAAAAAUUCGUCAUCAAGUUCACGGAAAAAUCGGAGCAUCCCGUGAGAUUCGCUAAAAAGACAUUCACCACCACGGCUCGAGGUGGUUGCUGGCUCAAGCUCGAACAACGCGUAUAGAGAUUCGACUAAUUUUUCUUGUAUAAUUUUGUAGCGCACGAUGCAUAAUAAAAAGAUAUUACA